AGUCUAAUAUUCAUUCACCCACCACCACCAAGUCUUCCAUUGCUAUUUUCCGGAAAACUCUCCGGCCAACGUCUCCUUCUCUAUUUUCAGCACUCCUGAAAAAUCCCGCAUUUGUAUGGCAGUAAGUUUUCUGAAUCGGGAGGUAUCAGACCUGUGCCUUGGUAAGCCGGCAUUAAAGCCUAUUCCGGCAAAAGCCACCGUAUCGGAGGCGUUAACGGCGUUGAAAAAAUCCGGCGAGACCCAUGUAAGCGUUUGGAGCUGUGACCAUCCCAAGAAGGUUCUAGAAGAAGGUGACGCUGGGGCUGAUUCUGUGUGCCGCUGUGUAGGGAAGAUCUCUAUGGUAGAUGUGAUUUGCUUUCUUUCUAAAGAAGACAAUUUGGUUAAUCCUUCUAAGGCUCUUGAGACUCCUGUGGCUCAGAUUUUGCCUAAAGGGGAUUCCAUUGUUAGGCAUUUGGAUCCCAAUUCAAGCUUGCUGGAAGCAAUAGAUUACAUUCUUGAAGGCGCCCAGAACCUGGUUAUACCGAUUCAAAACUACAGGAGCACGCCUUCGAGGAAAAGGCUUUUGAGUAAAGCGUCCUCACUGCUUCCCACAAAUCAUAACGGAGUUGAAUACUGCUGGCUAACACAGGAAGACAUUGUCCGGUUCCUUCUCAACUCCAUUGGAGUCUUCUCUCCUAUGCCCACAUUCUCGAUCGAUUCACUCAACAUCAUAAAUCACGACAUCAUGACUGUUCGCUACCACGAUCCUGCAAUCUCUUCCUUGGAUGCCAUUACUCUCGCGCAUAUUGAGCAAAGUUCAGUUGCAGUUGUUGAUGAAGACAACCGGUUGAUUGGUGAAAUCUCCCCUUUCACUCUGGCCUAUUGUGAUGAAACUGUUGCAGCUGCAAUCGCGACUCUUUCAGCUGGUGAUCUUAUGGCAUACAUUGACUAUGGUGGUCCUGCAGAGGAUUUGGUCGAGUUGGUCAAGACGAGGCUUCAAGAUAAGAAACUCGAGGCAAUGGUGGAACUAAUAGAUGAAGAGUUUUCACUGUCUUCAUCAUCAUCUUCUGCUUCGAGUUGUUCAUCAGACGAUGAAUCAGGCUCGAGCAGAAAUACUGUGCUGGGACGAUUUUCUUCAGCUAGAAGGUCCGAGGCGAUUACUUGUUAUCCAUGGAGUUCGUUGGUGGCUGUAAUGAUUCAAGCUCUUGCACAUCGUGCUAAUUCCAUUUGGGUCAUGGAUGCGGAUAAUAAUUUGAUUGGAGUUGUAACAUUUAAAGGAAUUCUGGAAGUUUUCAGGAGUAUUGCUAAUGCGAGGCGUAAACCAGGAAGGGAGAAUACAUCAAAGCAAUAACAACAACAUAUUGCCAUAUCAGUUGUGUUAAAUUUCUUUUAAAUGGGACUAUGUUUUGCAUAAAUUUUGCUUUAAUGAACAGAAGGCUUAUUGGUGGUGAUUGAAAAUAUUUUGUUUGAACUGCUAUCAUUUGUCUCUUUUUUCCUUUUUGGGAAAAAUCUAUCAGUGUCAGUCUAUGAUAUUUUGCUCAUAUAAAAGAAAAAAUAUCUGAGUUUUGUGUGGA